AUGACGACUUACCCAGAGUAUGACGUAUUAAGCUGUGAGUGGACUCAUAAACUGGACAAGAGCCAUAACAAAUCCACUUUAAAUAUAAACAGCCCACAAUCUGGAGCAUUUAUUAGUGCAGGAGCUAAAGGUUCACAUCCAAUAUACAAAGAAAAAGGAGCAUAUGUAAACAAGUUGGCUUCCACAGUAAAUAAACUCGUAGGAGAAGACAUCGCAACUACGCCAUUGCAGGAUCGUAAAUGCUCCUUGGUCGCUUCGACAAACGUUUUUGGUCGAAUUGUAAAUGGAGUGGAAGAGGAAAAUGCUUGUGAAGGGAAAGCAGACCCAAAAAAUGUCACAGGAAAUUUCAUACAUAUUGAACAACAAAGAAAGUGGAGGGAUGACUGGGCAAGUAACCUUUCCUAUUUCCUUUAA